GGGAAAAAGAAAAUAAAAGAGCAUCAUUUUUCGAGUUCGUCUUUGGUGUUCUCUUGGCUUCACUCCUCUGCCCGCAUCUUUCUUCUCAAAAACCCAACAAAAUCCGAAAGAAGGGGAAAGAAAAUCGUUGCACAUCUUUGCUGCUAAUGCACUUAUAAUUUGUAUACUUCGUGUGCUCAUUUGUUUGCCUAAUGUAAAGGGAAUUUUAAUUUGACAAAAUUGUGCAGAAUGGCGUCGACAAUGAAAAAUCUGAAAAUAAAGACUUCAACAUGCAAGCGCAUAGUCAAAGAGCUCCAUUCCUAUGAGAAAGAGGUCGAGAGAGAGGCUGCCAAGGUUGCAGACAUGAAGGACAAAGGAGCUGAUCCGUACGAUAUCAAACAGCAGGAAAAUGUGCUUGCUGAAUCUAGGAUGAUGAUUCCUGAUUGCCACAAGCGUCUGGAAGCUGCCUUGGCUGACCUGAAAAAUAUUCUGCUUGAGUUGGAAGAGUCAAACCAAAAACAUGGUGCAGAAGUUGAGGAAGCAGAAAAAGUGAUAGCAGAGGUUGAACAGUUGUUUCAAGCAGGCAACUAGUGUCUAGGCUUUUCCUGAAACCGUUUUGGUCUGUUAAGUCUUACUGGAAUUUGUAUGAAUACGGAAUACCUAUCCACACUUGCAGCUAAUAUCUGAUCGGGCUCUAAUGGGAUAUCAAGUGUCCCUUCUUGUGUUUGGGAUAAAUGAUGAUCUGUUCAUCAUUUUGUAAAAUAUUUUUGCAUUUACUUUUACUUUCUUUUUCUCCGUGAAGGUUUGCUUUGUAUGCUCCGAAUCUGUUAAUUGGUCUGUGAAUCAGACCUCAGCUUGCAUCUUUUGAAAUUAUUGAUUAGCUGCAAGUUGUAUGUAAUGAUUAGUCUUUGAAAGAUGAAACCAUUGAUGCAACUUGAGAGUUCAGGAUAAUUUGUCAA